AUGUCUCGCCUGUACACCCGUAACUCGCGGGGUCGCCAGCCAAUGCUGGGUUCCAUCAAAAUAUCAAAGUCGAAAGAACACCCCAACGACACAUAUGAGCCGAAGCCGAAGAGGGGCAAAGCAGUUCGCAAAUACACGGUGACGAAGAAAUCGCCUGGCAAAAGGAAAAGAGCAGACAGCCCGGCCGAAGAGGGCGACGAUUUGUCCGACUACGGGUCUGAGACGGCAGGGGAUGCCUCAGACGAAGACAGCGAGGAUGAAGCCGAUGACGAAGACGAUCUGCCAGCAGUAAAAGCCCCGUCUCGUUCGCGGAGAUUGAAUGGGGCGGGGCUGAAGCAUCAAUCCAUUGUACCGGACAAUGUCUCCCUGGCUAGCAGCUCUGAUAGUAUGUUCGGGGAUUUUGAAGACUACUAUGAGGAUGACGAAGACCCAACUCUCUCCCCCGAAGAGAACAGGAAGCGUUUCGAAGAAAAGGUCUUUGCAGAAUCAGACGAUGACAACGAUGUUUAUCAGGCAGUCGAUGACAUUAGCGAUUCUGACGACGAAGUCGAGGGCCAACAGCAGGAACUGCUCGCAAUGCUUUCCGAAGAAGGUCAGAGCGAUGCCGACUUCCUCCUCAACCAGAUCGACGGCUUGUCCGCCUAUGGGUUUGGAGAUGAAAGCGAGGGUUCCAUCUACCGCUUUGCCUCCUCACAAGGAAGUGACAGUGCCACUGAAACCGCUCCCGAGAGACGGGUGCACUUUGUCACGGAUGCCGAUCCGACCAUUUACUUCCCCAUGUCAGAGUCGCCCACCAUUACUCGUGCCCUACUGCCUUCGGCACUACCAGACUCCGGGUUUUCUCGCCACGGUGCUGACAGACGUGUUGUCGGGCUGGUCGAUGAUCUGGACGACUCUGAUCUGACCGACGACUGUUUGCCGGAGGAGGCCCUCCAAAGCACACCCCAUGCAGCCGGCGACGAAAAAGAAAUGUCCCCCUUGGCGUCUCCGCCCUCCAAAAAAUCGGGCAAGAAGCCAGCUCAUCGUCGAGGGCCCCCUCGCGGCAUCUUCAUCGAUGAAGGCGACAAGACAUCGGGCAUUCUCGACCCUUCGGGCAAGAUUAUUCUCAUGACCAAUCCCCAUUUGCUCGGAGAAGAGUUUGCGCGUCGAUAUGGAGCAUCUCAAACGUCCAGUCCAGACGUGGGCUUUGCCGAGCUCAUUGAGGAGAGCGAUGCUGGUGAUCGCGACCCUACUGAACUGCUGGCUGGCCCGAGCGCAGACAUCAUGCUGGCCAGCCUCAAUUCCGCGAUCAAUGACCCAUUCAAUCAAGGACAGGCGGUUGGCCCCUUGGAAGCCUUUUACCCUACCAAUAACUUCUUUUUCGAUGAUCUUGCUGUUGACCAUGGUGACCUAGCUGGAGAUUUCCCGACGGAUGGACUUGGGGAAGAUGUGAUCAGCCUCACCGACGUGAUACAAUUCGACAGUGGUUCCGAAGAUAGUGACGGGCCCACGUCACCCAUUUUCAUGCCUCCCAGUCAGGACCUGUUGAGUCAUGAUUUCUCCCAUCUCAAUAAUGGCAACGUGACGGCUUUCCGACGCAAUGCUGAUCCAUCCUUUGCGGCCAUGAGCCAGCUGCCGUCAUUCCUGGACAUGGAUUACAUGAGUUCACCUCUUGCUACACCAGCACCCUCUCGCCGCAGGAAGAAGAAUCAUGCCUCUCCAUACACCUCAUCCCACUACAAAGGAGUGACGCCUGUCCAGCGGAUGCGGGAUCCCAACAAUGGACGGGCCUCCGACCCCGUGACUCCUGCGAAGAAAAAGCGUAGGCUUAUGACUUGA